AUGAGCAGCAGGGAGAAGCAAGGGCGAAUGUUUGAUUUCAGCUUGAUCCAUUCAGAUAGAUCGCUUCCGAACUUGUGGCGGAAAAGAGAUGGCAUCGGCGGCUGCCACGUCAAGGGCUGCCUCCCGCCCCGCCGCGGCCGCCCCACCUACCGGCCGGCCGGGACUUUUUCAUCUCAACGUGGAGGAAACCCCGGCAAGAUUGACACCGUGACCAGUGGUGCUGCCGAGCUCCGAAGAUAUCGAGGCGCAGGCAGCCAGAAUGGAAAUCUGUCGAGUCACCAGCAUGCGCUGGACGCUGAGUUGUUCGUGAGGACUCCGACUCUCAAUGAGGCCAUCUUCAGCUUCGCAUGGAUGUGGCUAGGGCUCACUGCUUAA